AUGAGCACCCAAGUAUGGCUAGCCGGACCCACCACAAUGGUCGUUGGAUUGGUGUUAGCAGGAAAAGUGGUCAUCGACUGGGGACCAGCCAUGCUGCACGCCCGUGAAGGUUCCAUAGACUCCAGACUGUUUGAUCAGCUCAAUCAACCAGCACCGAGUAGAUAUCCCGAGCCGUUACGACCGCAAGCAGUUAGUCAAAUGCGAAUAGAGCACGAGCCAAAAUGCAACGGAUCUGGGUCAUCGGCAGCGAGCUUUGUACAGUAUAACAACAACAAAAUGCAAUCGCCAAUAGGAUAUCGAGCGCCAGUUCAAUUCAUACAUAGUCCAGUUUCGGAAAACGGGAUACCAAGAAUGGUUCAUACGGGAGGGAGGUUGCCGAGGAGUUCGAUUGGAUGCAUUCCACCAAGGAUGCCAGAAAGGCAAAGUCCGGAGCAGUGUUUGAUAUAUUCACAGUACAAUUCUUCAUUAAAUAAGCUACCGUAUCAUGACGAUCGGUGCUACGGGCUUCCACGUCAUAUGAACAAUCACAAAAGCUCAUCAUCACCACGGCGAAGUCCACGGCCGUCGAUCUACAACACCUAUUCGAACUACUCAUCGAACCCAUCUAACCACUCGAAUCACUCUGGUCACUCCAACCAUUCGGGCCAUUCUCAUUCUGGAGAACAGUCUAUAGCAUUAAGUGAUGUGAGUACUCCCUGUUAUUGUGGUGUCCAUGUUCCUCAUCCGCUCUUGUCAUCUGUUUGA